AUGGAAGAGCUCCGGGAUACAGAAGAGUUUCGCUGUUCGAUAUGCCUGGACGUGCUGAAAGAUCCAGCGGCUAUACCAUGUGGGCACAGGUACUGCAUAGAAUGCAUUAAUGAUUUUUGGAACAAAAAAGAUCAUUUGGGGGUCUUCAGCUGUCCCCAGUGCGCACAGACAUUUAGCCCCAGGCCUAUUCUGAACGAUACCAUACUGGCAGAUAUGGUGGACAAGCCGAAGAAACUGGAACUUCCAGGCAACUCUGAGAUUUGUAGCAAUUACAUGCAAGGUGAUGUAACCUGUGAUUUCUGUACAAGUAUCAAACAAAAGGCUGUGAAGUCUUGUUUGGUAUGUUUGGCAUGCCAAAAUCACCUUCAAGCACACAACAAAUCUCCUGCCUUGAAGAAACACAAGCUGGUUGAAGCCUCUGUGAACCUCAACCAGGAGAAGAUCUGUCCUCAUCAUCAUCAAUAUUUGGAGAUAUACUGUCGAACUGAUCAACAGUGCAUAUGUCCUUUGUGUGUGACGGAGGACCACAAAGGUCAUGAUACAGUACCAGCAGCUGUGGAAAGCACAAAGAAACAGAAAGAAUUGGGCAUGACACGACAGAAAUACAAGCUCAAAAUCCACACUAAAGAAAAGGACCUGCUGGAGCUUAAACAAGCUGUGGAUGCCCUGAAAAGCUCUGAACAAGCUGCUAUGAAAAAUGGUGAACAGAUCUUCAAUGAGUUGCAGCAGUCUAUUGAAAGGAGGAGGUGUAAAUUCAGAGAUCUGAUCCGAGAUCAAGAGAGAGCGGCGGAGAGCAUGCUGCAAACACUGGAGCAAGAGAUUACUGAGCUCAAACUGAGAGAUCAUGAGCUUGAGAUGCUUCUGAAGUCUGAAGAUCACGUUCAUGUCCUUCAGAACUGUCAUUCCUUCUCUUCUGGCCUUCUUAACCCACCCUUCACAGUUGCUUCACUCUCCGAUUUUAGCAAGGUGAACAAUGCAAUAUCUGCUCUAAAGAAGAAGCUUGAAGUUGUCUUUAAAGGGGAAUGGCUCAGGGUUUAUCAAGCAGCUAGAUCAAUGAAGAUCCUACACUGCACAGUGCCCAGAAUUAGAUCAGAGUUCCUGCACCAUUCCUGCCCGCUGCAACUAAAUCCUUUAACAGCCCACAAGGACCUUAGUUUGUCCAAUGGGAACAGAGAAGCGGCUGUUCAAAGCCAAGAGCAAUCCUGUCCCGACCACCCGGAGCGCUUUGAUUACUGGUGCCAGGUGCUGGGCACUGAGGGCCUGACAGGCUGCUGCUACUGGGAGGUGGAAUGGAGUGGGAUGGGAGUAAACAUUGCCGUCGCAUACACAAACAUUGCCAGGAAAGGGGAAAGCAAUGAAGCCCACUUCGGUCACAAUGACAAAUCCUGGAGUUUGUUCUGCUGCAGGAGAGGUUAUGCUUUCCGGCACAACAGGAUUGUCAGUAAGAUCUCAGAGCCUGGCUCGUCAAAGAUAGGUGUUUAUCUAGAUUAUAGGGCCGGGACACUAGCUUUUUACAGCAUUGAUGACUCAAUGACCCUCCUUCACAGAGUUCAGACCACAUUCAUACAACCUCUCUACCCUGGCUUUGAGUUUGUGAGCUGUGGAGCCUCGAUCAAGCUGUGUCAGUUGGAGUGAGGGCAAAUUUGGCAUUGAAUGAAAGAAUGGGUAAAAUAUUAAAGAUAAAAUAGAUUUAAAUUAAAUAUCAACACAAAUUAUUACUAAGUAUGCACAAUAUUUUUGACUGAGACUCA